CCCACAGCCUCACUUUGAGGUAGAGUUCCGCGGUCACACCCUUACACACACACACGUACACACGCGCGCGCGCACGCACACACACGCAAACUAAACACACACCGACACCGACGCAGCGGGACUGAGUGGUGCUGUGAGCCCGGAGAGGAGGACUGAUGUCCGAUUGACCUCAGUGACACAAAGUGACCACACGAGGCAGCAGAGGAGCCCAGCAGGUGGACUUUGGUGUGUGAGAUUGGACAAUGGAACGUCCUGCAUUUCUGAUCCAAUUCUUGUAACUGAAGGACAGUGAGGCGUCUCUGCGCAGUCGACCAAUCACACGCUCUGAAGGUUGCCGUCACAGUCACAGGUCAGAGGUCAGAGGUCAGAGGUCAUCAUGCAGACGAUAAAGUGCGUGGUUGUGGGCGACGGCGCUGUCGGAAAAACCUGUCUCCUCAUCUCCUACACGACAGGAGCUUUUCCUAAAGAAUAUAUACCCACUGUGUUUGAUAACUACAGCAGCCAGGUGACGGUGGACGGUCGGAUCAUCAGUCUGAACCUGUGGGACACGGCUGGUCAGGAGGAAUACGACCGACUGAGGACGCUCUCGUACCCGCAGACCAACGUCUUCAUCGUCUGCUUCUCCAUCUCUAGCCCCGCCUCCUACGAGAACAUCAAACACAAGUGGCACCCAGAGGUGUCUCACCACUGUCCCGGCGUUCCCAUCCUCCUGGUCGGCACAAAGAGUGACCUCCGGAACGACGUGGAGACUCAGAGGAAGCUGAAGGAGCAGAACCAGAUGCCCGUCACUCACCAGCAGGGCGCUGCCCUCGCCCGUCAGAUCCAGGCCGCCCGCUACCUGGAGUGUUCGGCUCUGAACCAGGACGGCAUCAAGGACGUGUUUGCCGAGGCCGUGCGGGCGUUUCUCAACCCGCAGCCCGUCGUCACCAAGAGGCCCUGCGUCCUGCUGUAGGACGGAGAGAAAUGUCUUCUUAAUAUUUUUAUCUCUGCUUAGAAUGUUAUGUUUUAAAUUGAAAAAAAAAAAGGCUUUUGUAGUUUUUGGCUCCGUGUUGGAAUCACAGGAGGUUUUUAAAACUACAGACACACAAAAAGAUUGAUAUUGUGCAGUCGUCUCAAUAAUCUUUAAGACACCAAUUUUCACAAACAUCCGCAAUUCACACAACAGUGGCUAAUGUUUUAGCAUUUUAGCUAGGUCAGCUCACGAACCUUCAUGGAUUUAUUUAGAUUUUAUGACGUUAGAAUUGCCAAAGAAAUGUUCAAUGAGAGAGUUUUUCUGCUCUUUUUUUCCAAGAUAACUUUUAACUUUUCAUAUCUGACAGUUAUUCGACCGUUUAACAAUGACGGUACUGAGAAGCUGACGUCCUGAGGGCUUUCCGGGAUCCAUGAGGACGUCCCCGCCUCUCGCCGCCCACGGAAAACCACAUUCAGUCGGGGAAUAAUCUGGAGACUUUGCAUUUGUACGUUUAUCCUUUUUUCCCGCGUAGCCUACGACACGCCGCCACGCUGAGUCUGUACGUGAGGAAAACUAGCAAGAGCAGGCUACAACAAGCUAGCUCCGCCCCCUCAGAGCACUGGAAGUUGUGUUUUUUUUUAUAUAGUAAUGUUAGUUUAAUGUUUUGUAGUCAAAGAUAUUUUCAUCGCUCACAGAAGGUAAAAAAGAAACAAACAGAAUGAAAAUCCAUUAGCCGUCAAGCACACGGACCUAGAAGGAUCUACACUUACAAAAGCUCAGGUCAGUACGUGUGGAGAAGUCUUGUCAAAGACCUCGUCCAGCGGCUGGGCGGUGCUGGGCAGGGUGGGCGGUGCUGGGCAGGGUGGGCGGUGCUGAGUCUCCAUCACUCACUUUCAUGUCCAUGUAAACGUUGACUUGAUGAUUGAAUGUGUUGAUACGUUUAAGAGUUUAAAAAUGUUUCGUACAAUAACGUCUGCCUGCUGCGUGGUUUUUUUUUUUAUUCCACAUUUCUCUCACUGGGUUGUGAAGUUGUAAAGUUUGAGGUGGUUGAUAUUUUGACUCACCUGCAGAGGAACUUGAUUAACUUUGUGACUGAAAAGUAUUUUUUCACUGACAUGAUGAUAAUCAUCAGUUCAUUUUAAAAAAGGUCAUUAUUUGCGGCCUCAUAUGAAAACAGCUCCCCUGUUGAACCUGACUUUUUCGUCUCUUCCACAGUGACCCAAUAUUAAAUGUUAAAGGGAUAGUUCAGGUGUUUAGAAGUGUGGACGCAAUGAAAAACAGACUAAACAAAUGAGUCUAAUCUAAUAAAAUCUACAUCAGUUUAAGUGGA